AACAUUCAUUACCAGAGAGAUCCUCCACCACAAUGGUCUCCUUCUCGACCCUCUUCGUCGGCGCCGUGGCCCUUGCGGCUCAGUCCGUGUCCGCCGGCCCUACCAAGCCCGCGGGUCUCGUUCCCCGUACCUUCGAAGGCCAGAAGUACGGCUGCAAGUGCUACCCUGGCGACGACUGCUGGCCCCAGCAGAGCGAAUGGGACAGCCUCAACGCCAAGGUCAAUGGAAACCUUCACGUUCACGUGCCUCCCGAGGCUGCUUGCCACAACACCUUCGAUGGUUUGCUCGGCUCUCAGCAGACUUACGAUGCGGCCAAGUGCGCCGAGGUCACCAAGAGUUGGACUAGUGAGACUUGGACCGUCGACCAAGAGGCCCUGAACAUUUGGAAGUACUUCACCAACGUCACCUGCUUGCCCACGACCGACCCCUCUCAGUCCUGCACGCUCGGCUUUUAUGGUGUCUACGUGAUCAUGGCCAAGACGAAGGACCACAUCAAGGCCGGUGUCAACUUUGCGCGGGACCACAAUCUCCGCCUUGUCAUCCGCAACACCGGCCACGACUUUGUUGGCCGCAGCACUGGCUGGGGCUCUCUCAUCAUUAACACUCAUUCUUUCCAGGACAUCAAGUUCCACAGCAAGUGGUCUGGUGCCGGUGCCUACAAGGGCGGCGCUGUUACCGUCGGUGCUGGCGUUCAAGGUGUCACUAUUCUCGAGGCUGCCCAGAAGCAAAACCCAAAGCUUACCCUUGUCACUGGCGAGUGCAAGACUGUCGGUCUCGCUGGCGGUUACGUCGCUGGCGGAGGCCACGGGCCCCUCACCUCUGCCUACGGCAUGGCCGCCGAUAACACGCUGGAGUUCGAGGUCAUCACGGCUAAGGGCGAUCUAGUCGUCGCCAACGAGAAGGUGAACGCCGACCUCUACUUUGCCCUCCGUGGCGGCGGUCCCUCGACCUAUGGUGUCGUGACCUCAAUCUUUCCUUUCACCUUCCACGCACGCCCGUUUGUCGCCGUCGGCAAGACCAAGGAUGAGCUCGAUGCCAUCCUCAAGCCCCUCCUCGACGAGCUGAACGCCGCCGGCGUCCCCUUCACUAGCAUGACCAAGGGCUACCCCUACGCUCUGGGAGCUCUACAACGAGCUCUUCGAGGACGAGGCCGCGGGUCUGCACGCCCUCAGCGGCGGGUGGGGCAUCACCCACCAGGACAUCACCAACAACAACGACGGCAUCGUCAAGGCCUUCCGCACGGUCCAGAGCCCUCGCGCCGAUCUCCCCUACACCGGCGCCAUGAUCGGUCACUUCUUCAGGCCCCCCCGCUCUGA